GAAGGCUUGGAGGUAUAGUUUUCAGCAUAGCAAAUUAGGUUAGCCAUAUGGGAACUCGAGCUCCUUUUCUGAUAUGUCUCCUGGCCUUAGCUGCCUUGUGUGAUAGCACACAAGGUGCAACACCAGCCCAUUAUUCUGUUCCUUUUAACCGCACCAUUUUCCCAACUGGUUUCAUAUUUGGAGCUGGUUCAGCUGCUUACCAGUCUGAAGGAGCAGCAUUCACUGACGGUAAAGGACUUAAUGUUUGGGAUGUUUUCACCAGGAAACAGCAAGCAAAAAUUGCGGAUUAUAGCAACGCAGAUGUGGCACAAGACUUCUAUCAUCGUUACAAGGAAGACGUACAAUUAGUGAAAAAGAUUGGUUUGGACUCCUUCAGAUUCUCCAUCUCAUGGUCCAGAUUGUUCCCAAAGGGCAAAGUAAGUGGGGGAGUUAACCCAAAAGCUGUGACUUUCUACAACAACCUCAUUAACGAGCUCCUCUCCAAUGGUAUCACACCCUUUGUGACUUUGCUCCAUUUUGAUACUCCCCAAGCACUAGAUGAGGAGUAUGGUGCAUUCUUAAGCCCCAAGAUAGUGGAGGAUUAUGUGGCUUAUGUUAAUUUUUGCUUCAAAACAUUUGGAGAUCGAGUCAAGCAUUGGGUUACGAUGAAUGAACCAAAUGGAUGGACCAUGUAUGGGUAUAGCUCUGGUUCUUUUGCACCGGGGCGAUGUUCUAGCUAUGCUGGAAAUUGUACUGCUGGUAACUCAGCCACUGAACCCUACAUUGUUGCCCAUCACUUGCUUCUUGCUCAUGCAUAUGCUGUGAAGUUGUAUAGGGAGAAAUACAAGCCACAUCAAAAGGGAGAAAUUGGGAUUACAAUUGUGACCCAUUGGUUUAUACCAAAAGACCAGUCUUCUAGCAGCAAAAAGGCAGCCUCCAGAGCUCUUGAUUUCUUGUUUGGUUGGUUUGCCCAUCCAAUCACAUUUGGUGACUAUCCCCAGAGCAUGAAAGCAGCAGUAAAGGAACGACUACCCAGAUUCACAGAAGCUCAAUCCAAGUUGCUAAAAGGGUCCAUUGAUUUUCUUAGUAUAAACUAUUACACUUCAAAUUAUGCAGAAAAUGCUCCCUCAGCCAACGGUGUCAACGUUACUUAUCUCACAGACAGAGCAACCACUCUCACUACUGAAAAAAAUGGGGUUUCUAUCGGUACAGCGACUGCAUUGAGCUGGCUUUUCAUCUAUCCUAAGGGGCUUCGAGAGCUUCUGCUAUAUGUAAAGAAGAAUUACAACGAUCCAGUAGUGUACAUAACGGAGAAUGGAAUGGCUGAUGCAAAAAAUAGCUCCUUGUCAGUUAAAGAGGCCAUCAAAGAUAGUUUGAGGAUAAGAUACCAUUAUGGACAUUUAUCAUAUCUUUCACAAGCUAUCAAGGAGGGUGUCAAAGUGAAGGGAUAUUAUGUGUGGUCUUUACAGGACGAUUUUGAGUGGGAUGCUGGUUUCACAGCUCGAUUUGGCCUUACUUAUAUUGAUUAUAAGGACAACUUGAAAAGACACCUUAGAUACUCUGCCUACUGGUUCAAGUCGUUCCUCCUAAAAUAAAUCGUCAUUGUGCCAGUGUGAUCUGUGAGAAUAAGGAGAGCUAGCUAUGUUUUCUUUCUCCAAACUUCGUCUUGUUUAUUGGAGAGAUUAUUGUGUUUUGUAUGUGAUGUCUUAAGUAGAAAGGUUUGUUUAUGUAAGGAGAUGUAAUCUUCUUCAUCCAAACCCGGUCAUCAUGUUUAGACAUCUAUCUAAAUAAGAAAAAGUCCUAUUCAUGUCUCA